AUGGUUUAUGAUACUUGGAGUUUAGAAACUCAAUUAAAAUAUAAACCUUCAUCAAUGAAUAACAGACAAGUUGUUUAUGAACACACUGAUACAAGUAAUUUUAAAAAGGUUUCAUUAAAUACGUAUCCAAAUCUUAGGAAAUUUAGAUCAACAAAUCCAUCCUCACAAGUAGGAGGAAUCACUUCUGGGCUAAGAACUCUGGUUAUUUCAUAUGGCUUAGUAGAUAUUCCUAAGCGUUAUAGAAUUUCAUGUACUAAAAAAGAGUGUGCUGUAAAGGAAAAACAUGCAACACCUGAAGAUACUUUAACUAAGAAACAAGUAACGGUGUUUGACAAAUUUCAAAGGAAUGUGUCUGAAAAAGAUACAUAUUCUUAUUUGAACCACAAACAAACUAAAGCUAAAGAACACUCACUAUUAGAACAAAUCUUUCAUGAAAUAGAUCAGUUCGGACUAGAUGCUGCUACAGCUGAUUCAUGGAAGAGAUAUACGGUUUCAUGUGCUGCAAGGCUAGGUUACAAAAAAGCUAUACGCAUGAUGGAAUCAUGGGGGUUGGACAAGUCUCAAAUAAUGUUGGACGAAUUUCAAGAGAAUAUGCCUGAAAAAGAUGCAGAUUCUUAUUUGAAUCACAAACAAACUAAAGAUAAAGAACACUCACUAUUAGAACAAAUCUUUUAUGAAAUAGAUCAGUUUGGACUGGGUACUGCUACAGCUGAUUCACGGAAGAGAUAUACGGUUUCAUGUGCUGCCAGGUUAGGUUAUAAAAAAGCUAUAUGCAUGAUGGAAUCAUGGGAGUUGAACAGAUCCCAAGGAGUUGUGCCCAACAAAGGGAGUGUUACAUAUAUUAGACCAAGAACAAUCCCAAAACAAAAUAUUAGAAGCGUAGAAGAAAAUAUUAGUAAGACAAGAACUCAUUUGAUAGACGGAUACCAACUUUCUAUACCGAAGAAAGAAGAAGUCACACAUGAUAAGUUGGACAAAAUUCCAGAACAAAAUAUUAGAAAUAAAGAAGAGUGUUUUGCUAAGGUGAGGGCUCCUAUGCUAGAGGAAUAUCAACUUUUUAUACCCAAAAAGGAGGAAGUCAUACAUGCCAAGAAGGAACAAAUCCCAAAACAAAAUAAGAAGGAGGAAGUUGCACAUACUAAGAACGAACAAAUCUCAAAACAAGACAGGAAAAAGGAAGUUACACACAGUAGACAGGAACAUAUCCAAAAAAAAAACAAGAAGGAAGAUGUUUCACCUGUCAAGAAAGAACACAUCUCAAAACAAACCGAGAAAGAAGAUGUUUCAAAUGUUAAAAAGAAACAUAUCCCAAAACAAAACAAGAAAAAGGAAGCUACACACAGUAAACAAAAACAAAUCUCAAGACAAAAUAUUAGAAAUGCAAGAGAACAUUUUACUCAGGCAAUGAAUCUCAUGAUACAAAGAUAUCAACUUCCUGUACCCGAGAAAGAAGAAAGCGCACAUGUUGAAUUAGACAAAAUUCCAGAACAAAAUAUUAGAAAUGCAAAAGAACAUUUUGCUAAGGCAAUGGAUCUCAUGAAAGAAAGAUAUCAACUUUCUGUACCCAAGAAAAAGGAAGUUACACAUGCCAAGAAGGAACAAAUUCCAGAACAAAAUAUUAGAAAUGCAAAUGAACAUUUUACUCAGGCAAUGAAUCUCAUGACACAAAGAUAUCAACUUUCUAUACCCAAGAAAGAGGAAAGCACACAUGUCGAAUUAGACAAAAUUCCAGAACAAAAUAUUAGAAAUGCAAAAGAACAUUUUGCUAAUGCAAUGGAUCUCAUGAAAGAAAGAUAUCAACUUUCUGUACCUAAGAAGCAGGAAGUUUCCUGUGUCAAAAAAGAAUGUUCCACAAUGCUACAAACCAAUAAUAACACAAUAAUUCUUAAAUCAUCUAGAAAGAAACAGAAAGGUGAACAAGGUCCAAAGCUAGGAUGUAGUACAGGAAAAGAUUAUGUAUCAAAAAAAAAAACAAUUGUAAAAGAAGAAUCACUGUUAAAGGAAGAUUAUAUUCUUAAGCAAAAACAAACUACUAAAAAACAACAAAUAAAGAAGAAAGUUACCUUUAAGCCUAUCUCCCCCGAAGCCUCAAAGUCUUUGAUAAUCAUUGGUGAGUACAAGAAGGAAUUAUUUGAUGAGAAAAAACGGGACAUCAUCAUAUCAAGAGAUAAACACAUUGAAGAGAAACAUAAGACCAUAGACACAGAAGAAAAACAAAAAGUAGACAUCAGACAAAAAUCUCCUGUACCAGCAAAAAAAAUUGUGUCUCAUUCCAAAAAUAUAACUCCAGUGGACUCAACACCUGCUGUUGUUAUCGCUAAUACAAAACCAGCCACUUCUACUGAAAAGGAAGAUAUUACAAAGAAAUCCUCCGUACCAACAAAAGAAAUCAUUUCUAAUUUUAAAAUCAUUGCUCCAGUGAACAUAAUACCCCCUGUUGUUAUCACUAAGACAGAACCAAUCUCCCCUACUGAAAAGGAAGAUACCACAAAAAAAUCAUCAGUUCCAACACAAGAAAUUGUAUCUAAUUUCAAAAAUACAACUUCAGUAAAUUCAACACCUGCUGUUGUUGUCACCAAGACAGAGCCUGCUUCUUCUGCUAAACAAAAAAAUAUCCGUACACAAAAACACAAAAGUGAUGUAGAAAAAAAUAAAUUACUCUUCUCAAAAAAAGAAGAAGAUGUUACAAAUCAAUCUGCAAUACCAACAAAGGAAAUAAUUUCUAAUUUUAAAAUCAUAAACCCUGUAAAUAUAAUACCCCCUACUGUUAUCACUAAGACAGAAGCAGUCUCUUCUACUGAAAAGGAGGAUACCACAAAAAAAUCAUCAGUUCCAACACAAGAAAUCGUGUCUCAUUCCAAAAAUAUAACUCCAAUGGACUCAAUACCUACUGUUGUUGUCACUAAAACAGGACCUGCUUCCUCUGCUAAACAAAAUAAUAUUGUUACACAGAAACCCAAGAGUGGUAUAGAAAAAAUUAAAUUACUAUUCGCAAAAAAAGAAGAAGAUACCACAAAGAAAUCAUCAAUACCAGCAAAAGAAAUUGUUUCUAAUUUUAAGACCAUAACUCCUGUGAAUAUAAUACCCCCUACUGUUACCACUAAGACAGAAUCUGUUUCCUUUAAUGAAACAAAAAAUGUUCCUAAACCAAAUAAUCAAAGUGGUUUACAAAAAUUUACAUCUUUCUUUAAAUUUCAUAAGAAAGAUCCAUCAGAAUUAUCAAGUUCACAACCACAUAGCUGUAUAGUAAAGGAACAAAAAGCACCAAAAGAAGUGCAAAAAUCACAGAAAAUACCAGAACUAUGUCCUGACAUGGUAGAUGAUGUCAGGAAAAAGUUCUAUGAGGUCUAUCCAAGCCAAAAAGAUCCGUCGGAGACAAGGCAGCAUUAUCCUGAUAAACCAUUAGCACCGGGGCUCAGAGAAUUAAUCGACAGCAAAAUUACUAAUGAACCCUAUCGAUAUUUAGAUAGGGGGACUAAUAAAGUCGAAAUCUUUGACCCUUACUACGUCCCAAUCGAUGAUUCUAUGUAUGAUUCAUCAUUGUUUGAUGAUACCGAGUACAUCCUCGAAACCGUCCUUGCCAAAAUGGUAAAACGGGAUGGAUGGAAAGGUAGAAUGGAGAAUUUUAAGUCAUCGUGUGAAUAUAUGUCAUUUGCGACAGAUUGCAUUGUCUUAGACAGCACUGUCCUAAAUGGGAUACGAAAUGGUAGUAAUUAUGUCGGUUCAGCCAUAUCCAAACUUUGGAAAAAAGACACUAAAGAUUCCUAA